AUGGCCAGAAAGAAAGCCGAGCCGCAAAAGAAGGUCCAAGCGGGUUCAACCGAAGUGGCGAUCGUUGCUCCCGAACCGCCCGAUGACAACGAUCCACCACUCACCGCUGAAGAACAGGCCUUUCGCGAAUGGGAGCAAGCCCCGGAGCCCAACAAGAACUACGUCAAAACGAUGACCGACAUGAACGCGGAGGCUUGGCGAAAGAGCAAUUCACGAUUCUGGUUUAAUUUGUGCAAGAUUGAGCAAAAAUACCGGGCUGUCGACGACGAGAACGAUUUGCAAUGGGACAUGGCUACUGAUGAGAUCUAUAUGCCCGACGGCAUGACGGAAAAGGCAGCCGAGAAAAAGGUGUUGAAAGCCAUGCCCGACUUCGGGUCGUGCAUUCUUUCGUGUGCAGACCCCGAAGAUAGUCCAGCCCGAACGAAGGAGGACCGGUCGAUGCUAGCUAAACGACAGUGCCUCAAUAAGUUCUUCAACGACCAGUAUCAACUAAACCCGAAGCGAAUCUUGGCCUCAAUCAUGCCACCCCCUCAAAUGCGGGCUAUUCAAGCCGGGCCCAGCACUCAACAAGUCGAACAUCGUGUAGUGCACAGAACAACGAUCGAGGGCCCCGCCGAGGAGGUCAAGAAAGUGCUUGAGUUAUAUCAUCGCGGAAUGGGCUUGCGCGACGCUAUCGAUGGACCAGAAGUGCAACUGCAGAUAAAAGCCGAUGAGACGAAGAAGCUGCUACCUUGGACCCCUCGGCCGAUCUGCGGUGAACCCCCGGCCUCAAGGACGCGCAGCCAAUCUCGCCUCAGCAUCGAGAGAAAAGACGACCGUGAUUCACAUGACCCAUUGGACACGACCCCGAAGCGUAGAUCUCUGCCCGCGGGACGUGCUACCCCACUUCGCUCUACCGCCAAAACGACAGACGUCCGAAGCCCGGCCCGCGUCAGAAAGUCCGCGAGCCCUAUGGCCCAGACCCCGGAGACGAACACUCGAAAAUCCGUUGGUCGACCUCGCAGCCAGCCAGCCAAGAAAUCGACCCCAGCUGCUGUGAAGCCUCGGCCUGCAACUCCACCAACUUCGGCAAAGGAAACGGCGCCUAUGAUCAAGUCUCGGCUACCCACUCCCUAUUACCCCAGACGCUCUUCAGUAGGGACACCCGGAAUUGGCGUGGGAACACCCGGAAUGGGAACGAGAAGCCGUUCGAUGCUAGCCAUUGAGUAUCCGGCCUCCUCAUCGACCGACAAACCCGCUGCUGUCGUCUCUUCAUCUAAAACUCAACCGCGCCGAUCGUAUAAGAAGAAGAGUCUGGGCGAACAGCCAAAGCUUGGCCAAUCUGCCGCUGAAGCGCCGCAGCCCACUGCCGGGACAACUAAAUCCCAGCUCCCGAAAGAUCGUCGGAAAUCGGCUCCGAAGAAGUUGGACGUCAAUACGGCAGUGGCACUGGCGAACCCGUCCCCCAAUGUCUCGAGCACGCUGGAGCCGGCGAUGAAGCGACGGCGCACGUACGACGUCUCCUACGGCAGCGGAUUGGACGUCGCCGUCUCGCCACACGCCUCCUGUUUCAACAACAUGGGAGGAGGCGAUGGCGUUGGCGAUUGGGUCUCUUCCCAGAUGGUGGCCACCGAAGAGGGCGACUUUGUGCGAGAGCACGGCAGCGAGAAUUUCGAGCGCGUCUACUCGCAGAUGUAUCGCAAGGUUCAACGCCAAUACUAUUUGAAGCAG